ACCUCGGAGUUAUACUCGUAUCAUAUUUAUGAAUAGAGUGAAUACAUACCUAAAACAAAAAUAUGUUAAGAUACUUAGUGUUUUUUCUUUCCACGAGUAUGUUUGUAAAUGGAAUAAAUUGGCAUUCAUCGCAGAUCAUCUUAAGGCAUCUCUAUGAUUUACAAGACGAACAAUUUGCAGUGACCAAAGAAUAUUUAAAACUGGAAAUAAAGCGAUUAAAUGACUUACAGCGUUUUAUAACUCCAAUUUUUGACUGGUAUAUAAAUUAUUCAUUUAUGAAAGAUACUUAUAUACUUAGUCACAUCGAUAGUAUAAAAUUGAUGUCACGGGUAUAUAACAAUUUAUCCGAAAUAAAAAAACUAAUGAGUAAUAAACAUUCAAUGAAAGUAUUUAAACAAUUUGAUGAACACAAAGCUAUUAGUGAAUUAAAUAUACAAUCAGCGUAUCGAUCUCUAAGAAGGAUUCAAAAAGUGUAUGCCAUUCCUGCAUCCGACAUGGCUGCAGGUAAAUUUAAGGACCGGACUAUCGGUGACCCAAUGGAUGCUUGCGAAUGUUAUGUCAUGUCAAAAUAUAGUUUUGAGGAAUAUGACACAUAUAGUGUUAUAGAUUGGACUGUUCAAACUUAUAAUAAAUGGUUGAUGGAUCGUCCAAAAUGUGUAGACAUAGACAAAUUACAUCAUUAUAUAAAAGCAGCAUCGAUGUCUACAGGAUUUAAUUUUGAAACUUUAUCAGAUUUUAGUAAUCUAAGUCAUCCAGAAACUAGUGAAUAUUUUGCACAACAUUUUUCUCUAAUGGAAAACGCAUUAAACAUCCGUGAUGUCAACAUACAAUCUAUAGAUAUAUUUCAUGUAUAUGAUAAUUUUGAACAACUCGGUCGAUAUAAAAAUUUCCGCGACUUAUGUAGGACAGGUAAAUCUGUGAGACCGUUAACGUUCGAUUCUAAAUGCCGUUAUCAAACGAAAAAUUCUGCAUAUUGGACAUUAAUGCCUUUCAAAGAAGAAGAUAUCAGUAUCAACCCAAGCAUUAAACUCUAUCACGACAUUAUUUACGACGAAGAGAUUAAGAUUAUUAAAAAAAUGGCAUCCGAAGAUUUGAUCGACGCAGCGUAUUAUUUUAACGGUAAGAUUGCUUUGGUUGAUGACCUACGUUUGGGUCAGCUCAAAUGGUUUUCGGAAAAUUCAAACCCGGUGCUAUUUGGAAAGCUAAAUGAUCGAAUAGAAUGCAUUACUGAGUAUUCGACCAAUACGGCCGAAGGAUAUCAAGCAGUCAAUUACGGAUUAGGCGGUCAUUUCUCUGAACACGUGGAUGCAUUUACAGACGGUCCUAAGUUGAAUGGCAACAGAUUGGUCACCAUAUUAUUUUACAUGACUGACGUCCCUGAAGAUGGGUAUACAGUAUUUCCAAACAUAAAUUUUGUUGCACAUUGUCGUAAAGGAUCAGCUUUAGUUUGGCAAAACUUAUACUUGAAUAAUGGUUCUGUAAAUAGUAACACUCUUCAUGGAGGUUGUCCUGUGAUGAAAGGAAAUAAAUGGGUUAUGACAAAAGGAUUGUAUGAAGAAGGACAAAAUUUAGCUUAUACUUGGCAAGAUAAUAAAAUAAUAACCAUAGUUUAGAAAUAUUGUUGAAUUUGUUAGAUAUAAACAUUGUAG